AUGCAUAUUACAGUAAGUUCCGUCAUUUUCCUCAUCACGAUAACGCAAGUGUACGUCAAAACCGAUAGUGUAACGGAGUUCUACAAAGUAGUUGUCAUAUUUAGAGACUGUCUAGCUAAAAGAGUUCCGUCAGUUUGUUUCAAGGAGCGUCUUUUGAAUGCUAUGAAUGAAACGAUAUUCGCGGAUGAAUCGAUUCAAAUUGGGUUUAUUCAAAUUGAAAAAAAUCGCGAUUACAACUGGAACACAACUUCAACUAACGCUACAUCCAGAGGCGUUAGUAAAAGAAGUAUCAAUCUUAGUGAUGCGUUGUUGGAACGGCUUGAAGAAUUCUGGAAAUCCCGGACGAUAAAGUUUAAUGUUGAUGAUGCUGUUGAAGGAAGGAAAAAAGGUGGAGGAGGUGGUGGAGGUGGUGGAGGCGGAGGAGGAGGAGGAGGAGGAGGUGGAGGCAAAAAGGGAAUGUUAAUGAUGGCAGCUGCAGCUUGUGUUGGAGCAGGAAUGAUGAUGGGGAAGAUGGGUGUUAUGGCAAUGGCAGCCAUGAUGAUGUCCAAGAUGUCUUUGCUCCUAUCUGCCAUCAUGAUCCUGAAGAAGAUGAAGAUGGGAGGCGGAGAUAAAGGCGACGAUAAAGGAGAGAAAAAAAUCAAAAUCAUCUACGCCACCAGCAGCGGCGGGGGAGGUGACUACGGCAAACAUCCGUCAAGUGGUGGAGGGGGAUAUGGUGGUGGAGGUGGAGGUGGAGGAGGUUGGCACAGGAGUUUGAGCCAGGAACCCCAAACGAUAACCUAUAGAGCACAGCUACCUGCGGAUGCAAAUGCCAACGUUAUAUACGAAACGUAA